AUGUAAACAGAGUCUAGUAAUUUAUUAAAUCCCUUGGAACUCUUAAAAAAUAGUGGAAUUCCUAAACAUUUACUCUAUUAAUCAAGGAUAGAAGUUGAUCAUUUAAUUUGUCCUAUUUGUUUAAAUAUUUUAUGGAAACCAAUUGCUUGUGGAUAGGAUAAAUGCUUCUAAUCAUUUUGCGAAGUCUGCAUCAAUAAAUGGAUUCAAGAUUAAGCCGGAGAUGAAGUCCUAUAAGAAUCACUCUAUUCCUAAUCUUUAAUUAUUGCUCCUGAUUCCGGCUCUGGAUCAUAAUACAGUUCUUAAUCUAGUUCUUUUUCUGAAAUGCCUCAAUAAAUCUAAAUUGAAACUACUUUGCCCAAUUGCCCAAAAUGCAAAAGACAGUUCAAAAAAACAUCCAUACCUAUAAUACACAAUUUAUUAGACUCAAUAUAAUUGAGUUGUAUAUAUGAAGAAUGUCCGACGAAGCCAGGAUAUGAGUAGUUUUAAAAGCAUAUUUUGUAAUGUCCAUUCAGAAGAAUAAAUUGUUCUGGUUGUGGACUAUAAUAAUUGUAAAAUGAAUUAGAGUAGCACGAAAAUUAAUGUGAAUAAGUCAUCAUCGAAUGUCCCAAAUGUUGCAAUAAAAUGUCAAGGAAACUAUUCUCACUUCAUUCUAUUGAUGAUUGUGUAUAAUAAUAAUUUAAUAAUAAAGACAAUAGAAUUGCUCAAUUAAAUAAAAAGAUAGAGGAGUUAAAUUAGAAAAACUAAUAAUUAGAAUAAAAAAUCUGUAAAAUGUUAAAGGGAGACUCAUUUGAUACUAUACACUAGUUUUCUUUUAAAACAAUGUUUACUUAGAACUAUUAAUUUACUGGUACCUAAGCUGUUGAGGCAAAAUUAAUUCGUCCAUCAUUCAAUCUACAAAAAUAAAAAAAUGAUUUUCUUCACUUUUAUAUUAAUCACAAAGUCAAAACACAAGCAAUUCAAGGCCUUAUUUGGAGAAUGAGAAUACAAACUCUGAAAGGUAAUUUAUUGAUUGGUAUUUGUUCUACAUUAUGCCAUUAUUCAAUUGAUUUCAUUAUCAAUAAGCUUGGGGAGUUAAAAAGAAAGGAAUGGAAUGAGAAUAAAUACAAAUUAUUAAGAAAAGGUAAUUUUACAUUUAGUGAAGGGGAUACUCUAACUUUUUAAUUUAUGCCCCUGUAAUAAUGUUUAAGAAUUACAAAUGAAAAUAGACAUAUAGUCUGUCGAUUUGAACCAACUGAAAUUAUUGAAAUGGGAGAUUCCUUUUUUAGUUUUUUCAGUUUAGAAAAUCAAGGUGAUUCAAUAAUUUUUAUCUGA